ACAAAGGGUUUGACAAGCCAUGCUGAUGUUGCGGCUCGAUAAACAAGACUGACUUUUUUGGGGGGUUCUCCUCUCAGGGACAUUAUCCAAACUGAAAACUGUCCUGGUAGCAUCCAAAGAAGCAAGAUGAAGACCUACUGGGAGGACUUUGUUUUUCGGGCAGGGCUCUUCAUCCACAUCUCCUUCGUCUGCUUCUUCACUGCAGUGCGGGGACAGUCGGACAGCGGCAGCAGCGUGGUGGUGGCCGCCUCCAACGUGAGCGCCUCCGCCGGCUCCAGCGUGACCCUGCAGUGCGUCAGCGGCCGCAUGGUGUGGACCAGCGACGCGCUGAGGGACCGGCAGAGGGUGGUCCACUGGGACGUGUUCCGGGCCCACUUGGAAGACAGCAUGGAGAGAGUGCUGGACAUGUACUCGGCGGGAGAACAGAGGAUCUACAACUCUUACAACCUGGACAGGGUGGGCCUCAGCAGGAAGGCCUUCAAGGACGGAAACUUCUCCCUGGUGAUCAAAGAAGUGACGAUGAACGACAGAGGUCUGUACUCUUGUAACCUCCACCACCUCUACUGCCACCUGUAUGAGACCGUACGAGUGCAGCUUAAUGUCACUAAAUCACGUCGUAAAGAGCAGCGCUACUGGGAUGGCCACAAAGCGGUCUUCGUGGUCCUGCUGGGGAGCACUGUGGUGCUGCCAUGCGUCAACAGGAGAAACGUGUGGACCGACUGGGGCAAUGAGGAGGAGGAUCAGCAGGUGGUGCACUGGGACCGGCAGACCCCAGGGAUCUACCAUUAUCGUGCAGACCGCCUAGUGGACUUGUACGCCUCGGGGGAGCAGCGGAGCUACGGACCCUACUUCCUUCAGAGGAAGAUGAACAUCAGCCAGCGGGCCUUUGCAGAAGGAGACUUCUCGCUCAUCAUAUCCGACCUGCAGGCCACAGACCAGGGGAUGUACUCAUGUCAUCUUCACCACCAUUACUGCGGUUUACAUGAGAGGAGACAAUUUCAGGUCACAGUACAACCACCAGUGAUUCACACCACACCAGAAAAAACACUGCCCAGUGCAGACAAAGAUGAGGAAAACAAAGUGGAGCCUCCUCGGGUCAUCAACGUGGUCCUGCCCGACCAGAGACAUCACUUCCUGAUGCCGCUCGGCUUCGUUCUCACCGCCUUCCUCCUCCUGGCGUUCAUUGUCCUCCUCAUCAUCCUCAUCACGCGCAGACGAAGAACUCUGGAGUUGUAUUCGGUGGCAUCCAUGAGGUCCAGCAGAAGUCGCAGCAGCUCAGAGGAGUUCGAGAUGGAAGUUUCCGGGGCGACUCUGCCCUUCAGGGAGUCAGAGGAUCGAUUCGACUUUAAGAACAACCUGCUGAAAGACGUCAACAUUAACACACCGUGCAAAGUCGUUGAUCUGGACAAAGAGAUGCAGAAAUGCUGCAAGUGAGACAAGUCCAAGGUCACUGGCUGGUCCAGAGGCCGAUGAACACGUCCACAGCUUGGGGAUCUUCCAGCAUCCACACCCUCACAGUCAUUAGUGUUUUUGUUUUGCAUUGGAGAAACAAAGACACCUUAAUCCACUUUAUAGGCACCACAGCGCCACCCAGAGGUAGUUAAAUGAAGGUGCAACACUGUAUUUGAAACGAUGCCGACUCCAUUGUAAAUAAAUAAAUAAAUGAUAAAUGGGUUGUACUUGUAUAGCGCUUUUCUACCUUCAAGGUACUCAAAGCGCUUUGACACUACUUCCACAUUUACCCAUUCACACACACAUUCACACACUGAUGGAGGGAGCUGCCAUGCAAGGCGCUAACCAGCACCCAUCAGGAGCAAGGGUGAAGUGUCUUGCUCAGGACACAACGGACAUGACGAGGUUGGUACUAGGUGGGGAUUGAACCAGGGACCCUCGGGUCGCGCACGGCCACUCUCCCACUGCGCCACGUCGUCCCAUAAGUGAAUGCUAUUACAGCUUUGGUAAUUACAUAACCCUUUUGUUUCUUCUGACUGCACUAAAUGACUUUUUUUGGUGCCAAAUGUAAUUGUAUCCAUCUUGUUUCUAUUGCGAUCAUUGUGUUUGAUUUGUGAAUUGUUCUUUUAUUUUACAAGAAUUGAAAU